CUAUGGGCGAACACACAUUCUGGGCAACGCAACCCGUCCCACAAAUCGGUGAAGGACCUCAUCACGACGAUGGAUACAUUGAACCUCCAAAAUCAAGGGAAGAAGUACGCCAGGAACCGUAUCCUCUUCCGAAGGAAUUCGAAUGGUCCUUUUUGGAUCUCAACGACUCUAAGCAGAUCAAGGAAGUCUACGACCUCUUAUCUUUGAACUAUGUAGAGGACGAUGACGCCUCAUUCCGUUUCCAGUACAGUGCGGAAUUUCUGGAGUGGGCACUCAAGCCUCCAGGUUAUUACAAGGAAUGGCAUCUUGGCGUUCGUGUAGUCUCUAACAGAAAACUGGUUGCGUUUAUCUCUGGAGUCCCUGUGACAAUACGUGUUCGCGGGAACGUCCUGAGGGCAAGCGAAAUCAAUUACCUCUGUGUUCACAAGAAGCUACGCUCUAAACGUCUGACUCCAGUUCUGAUUAAAGAGGUCACUCGUCAGUGUAACUUGUUGGGGAUCUUCCAAGCAAUUUAUACUGCAGGAGUGGUCGUACCAACACCAAUCUCUGUAUGUCGAUAUUACCAUCGGUCUAUAAACAUCCCAAAACUCGUCGAUGUGCGAUUUACUUACGUCCCUCGUAACAUGACGCUUGCACGGAUGAUCCGAGUAAACAAGCUUCCCUCUGUUCCCCAUAUCAAAGGUUUACGUGAAAUGGAAGAAAAAGAUGUUCCUGAAGUCGCGGAGCUGUUUACAAGGUACAUGCAGAGAUUUGAUAUGGCCCCCGUGAUGACCCUCGAUGAAGUGCGUCACCAGUUCCUAAGUGGGAGGGGUGAGGGAGAGAAAGGGACCGACGACAACCGCCGUCUAGGACAAGUCGUUUGGACUUACGUCGUAGAGAAUCCUCAAACACACAAGAUUACCGACUUCUUCUCGUUCUAUUCUCUUCCGUCCACGAUCAUUAACAAUCAGAAACAUGGUGUCCUCGAAGCUGCCUAUCUGUUUUAUUAUGCAACGGAUGUAGCUUUUGAGGCAUCAUCAGAAGUCGAAGGAGGGUUGAAAAAGAGGCUUGUUGAGCUAACGAGUGAUGCUCUAGUCAUUGCGGACCAGGCCGAAUUCGAUGUCUUCAACGCGCUGACGUUGAUGGACAACAUGAACUUUUUGGAGGACUUGAAGUUCGGCGCUGGAGAUGGGCUACUCAACUUUUAUUUGUUUAACUGGAGAACUGCCCCUCUGGCAGGUGUUAACCCUGAAGGCGGAGUGAGUGCUGGAAAAGGCGUAGGUGUGGUGAUGUUAUAAAAAUAUAAGAUUUUUCUCGAUUCACGCGAUAGUAUACAUUCAACGGAAAGUCUCAAAUGUACUGUACAAUGUAGUUGACCACGGCAAAUAUUCUAUACCUAUUAUCCGUGUUCUUCUAUGUCUCUGCAUAUCAGUCACUAUCGAUGUCAAUCACGUCAUCAUCAUCAACACCCCAGUCUGGAGAAGGACUUCUAGGGGGUGCUGCCUGUGAAGUCUGUCUUCGCUGUGCAGGUACCGGUGCCCCUCCAGCGCCUAACUCAUGUCCACGGAAACUGGGAGGGACAAAUGUUGAGCGCGAGCCCAAAGUUUGGCCGGUGCCCCAUGAAUCUUCCUUCGCUUUACCCUUCUCCGUCUGCUCUUUCUCCUUCCCCUUGCCACUCGAAGUGGCCGAAGAGGUAGGGCGGCCAGUAAGGGUAUUGCCAGGUGAGGCGAAUGAAGAUUG